GUCCAGAGUAAAGUCUCAGUUCACCGCUGCUCACCCCUUUGGUCGCUGAAAACUUCCUUAAACCCCCUCCUCUUCUUAAAACCUUCUUCUUCUUCUUAUACUCUUCUUAUUCUCUUCCUCAUUUUCUACAAACCAUGGCAGCAGCAUUUUCACAAAGCAACAACAGACUGAUAGGAAUUUUGGGUUUUGUAAUUCUGAAUCUUCUAAUUAAUCCGCACUCAUCACACUCAUAUUCAAUUCACGAUCUUUUACAAAGGAAUGGGUUACCAGCAGGUCUAGUUCCAAAAUCAGUAAAAUCAUUCAAUCUUGAUGAAACUGGCGUUCUUGAAGUUCAUCUCGAGCAACCUUGUUUAGCAAAAUUCGAAAAUAGAGUUUACUUUGAAACUGUAAUCAGAGGUAAUCUUAGUUAUGGUGAAUUAAAAGGAUUACAAGGUCUUUCUCAAGAAGAAUUGUUUUUAUGGUUGCCUGUUAAAGAUAUCAUUGUUGACGAUCCUUCUUCUGGUUUAAUUCUCUUUGAUAUUGGUGUUGUGCAUAAACAAUUCUCUUUAUCUCUUUUUGAAUAUCCUCCUGAUUGUAAACAACCAGAGCAUAAAAUUCUUCAAUCAGGUAUAUGGAAGGAGGAAAGACUUGAUAUCCAGAGAUGAAAAAAGAUUGUUCUUCUUUUGUGAGUUUUUUUGUUCAAUUUUUAAUAGGAUUUUGUUUCAGUGUGAUGAUAGCAUAGUCAAGAUCGACAAACCAAUCUAAGUUUGUUUUUCUUUUAAUUUUUUUUUUGUAAAAGACUAUAGAAGUUUGUUAAAUUGUGAAAGGAAAUGGAAUUGAAAUUGAAGUGAUUUUGUUUUGGGGUUUGAAUGGAA